AGUGUCAGAGGAGCACUCGCACGCGAGACUCGUACAAACUUCUUGCGCAUAAGUAAGUUUCGUAAGUUAAACUAUUUUCCUCGCUAUCUCAGAAAUCAGUUUGCAAAGAUGAGCCCCGGUGCAUCAAACUCAGCAUCGUCGUCGAAUCUCUUGCCAAAAACUCUCGGAAUGAACCUACGAAAGCGUCACAGAAGCGAUGACAAGGAGAACAUCGUCGUCGGAGCACCUGCUUUCAAGAACAGAGUGUCCUUCGUGACGUCUGACUUUCGGGAGAGAAAACUCUCGGACGACCAGAGAGCUAGGAAACCCCUCAUAGAAACCAAUGCUGCGAAACAAGAACAAUCGAGGCUGGACGGGAGCAGGGCUUUUUUCAAGCCCUGCUUCUCUGUCUUCCAAGACUGCGUGGUAAACGAUAAAACUGCGUAUCGACGUCAUCGUAGUGGUGCUCGCAGCAGCAGUUGGGCACCUGAGAAAUGCGAACAGCCGGAAAAGGUGCCUUUUUUUCCUUGUCAAUAUCGGCAAGCUGCAGCGCGUUAAGGUAUGCGGGAAAAAGGAAGCCCACAGGGUGUUGCACGACACAUUGACGACGGAAUUGGCGUACAACAUCGGUUACAUGGACGACUUCGUCAAGCUUCAGAUAGAAUUGCACGGCAGGAAGGAGUUGUCAGCCGAUUUUUUCGAGAGAAGCAUUACCACUGCCCGGAGACGGCUGAUCGUUAAGUACUUGAUCAAGUCCGUGGUGAGUGUUGGUUUUUGGGGUAUCUUUUUUUUUUGUAUUACGUUUCAUACAUUUUACUGUUUAUAAGCCCAACUACAUAUCAGAUAACUAUAACUUUAUGGUGCAUUAUUAUUAUAUGUUGUACUUUAUGCACUACACU